AUGUGAUUUUCAGAUUUGAAUAUUGUGAAAUAAAGAAACGUUUUUAGUGUCGCGAAAGCUAUCAUUAUAGAAUUGAUAUUCCGAUGAGCAAUCGUGAGAAGAAAGCGAUAAAAUGGAGCUGGAGCUCCGCUUUAAUCGGAGCAGCCUCCGCCACAGCAAUAAACGCCAUCCUCAACGCCAAGCCCAAAGACCCAACCUUCCAUUUAAUCUCAAUCAACCUCACUUCCUUCAAGCUCAACCUCCCUCUUCUCGACGCCGACCUUCUCUUAACCGUCCACGUCACUAAUCCCAACAUCACUCCCAUCCACUACUCCUCCACCACCAUGUCCAUCUUCUACGACGGUUCUCUCCUCGGCUCCGCUCCUGUUCUCGCCGACUCUCAGCCGUCUCGCUCUUGUAAGUUGCUUCGCCUCCAGGCUCGCCUCGACGGCCUCCAGCUGGCUCAUCACGCCGCUAAAUUCGUCGCCGAUGUGGCUAAGAGAGAGAUGUUGCUGGAUGCUAAGAUUGACAUUGAAGGAGCUGCUAAGGUUCUGUGGUGGGAUCAUAAGUUUAAGGUCCACGUGGAUAGUCAUAUCACCGUUGAUCCUGUUUUUCUUGAUGUUAUUGAUCAACAAAAUAAUUCUCAGCUUGAUCUUUUUGUUGGUUGAGUUGAGAUUAGUGCUUGUUUGUACUUCUGAAAUUCAGUAAUGGAAAUUUGGAAAUUACGACGCUAA